CACACCUUCUACAAUGAGCUGCGCGUCAACCCGGAGUCACACAGCGUCCUACUAACAGAAGCCCCUAUGAACCCCAAGCAAAAUCGUGAGAAGAUGACACAGAUCAUGUUUGAGACCUUUGGUGUCCCCGCCAUGUACGUUGGCAUUCAGGCAGUGCUCUCACUCUACUCGUCCGGACGAACCACCGGUAUCGUUCUUGAUGCUGGUGAUGGCGUGACCCACACCGUCCCUAUUUACGAGGGAUACUCUCUCCCACAUGCCAUUCGCCGUAUGGACAUGGCUGGCCGGGACCUCACGGAAUAUCUGAUGAAGCUUCUGAUGGAGAGUGGGAUGACGUUCACUACGUCUGCCGAGAAGGAGAUUGUUCGGAAUGUGAAGGAACAACUGUGCUAUGUUGCUUUGGACUUUGAUGAAGAGGUGACGAACAGUGCCAAAACUGUUAACGAGGAGCCGUUUGAGCUCCCAGAUGGCACAAUCAUGCAGGUGGGUAACCAGCGCUUCCGCUGCCCCGAGGCGCUUUUCAAGCCCAUGUUGAUUGGCCUCGAUGAAGCCCCCGGGUUCCAUGAGAUGACCUUCCAGUCCAUCAACAAAUGCGAUAUUGACGUGCGUCGCGACCUGUACGGGAAUAUUGUGCUCUCUGGCGGCACCACAAUGUUCAAGAAUCUUCCAGAGCGUCUUGGAAAGGAGAUCAGUAACCUUGCACCUUCUUCAAUUAAGCCGAAGGUUGUUGCGCCACCGGAGCGGAAGUACAGUGUAUGGAUUGGAGGCUCCAUCCUUUCAUCCCUUACGACAUUCCAGACAAUGUGGAUCAAGAAGAGUGAGUAUGACGAGGCAGGCCCAAGCAUUGUGCACAACAAAUGCUUUUAA